CGGGGCCGCCCUGCCUCCGGUUCCGGUUCCGGUCGCGGAGGAAGAGGCCGCCACUGACACCGGCUGGACCGGCCCGGGAUCCCCGGCGGGAAUGCGACUCGCUUUGAAUCAAUGCCAAGAAGCCAGGAGGGAUCCGGCCAUGUUCUGCGCGGCCCGGUAACGGCGUUACGCACACGCUGGGGUAGGAAUGGUUUCUGGUAAAGCAGCAUGAAUGCCGAAGAGAAACUACAGAGCAUCUUCCUGAAAUGCAGCCCUGCGGGGGAAAUGCCGGCCCCCAGGGGCCCAUCCGGCUUGGGGGAGUCGGACGCAGGCCUGGUGGAGAGGGCUGUACCCCACGGGGGUAUCUUGGCUGGACAGGAGGGGUUACAGGGCCGCGAAGAGCUGAUGUCACAGGAUGAGCUCAUGGUGCAGGAGGAGACGGUCAAAAAUGAUGAGGAGGAGGUGGAUGCCCCGGAGCGGCUGCUGCCCCAGGGGCCACAGUACACGGUUCACGUUAAACAAGAAAUGAAGUUCGCAGAGGAGGCGGAUCCUCGGCUGGGGGAGAAGCUGCAGCUCCUGGAGCCGGUGGAUCUACAGAAGAAGAAGAAGCGGAAGCAGCGAUCUCCGGCCAAGAUCCUUACGAUUAACGAGGACGGCUCACUGGGGCUAAAAAUCUCCAAAUGCCACGUCUGCGAGCACUGCAACGCCGCCUUCAGAACCAACUACCACCUGCAGAGACACGUCUUCAUCCACACAGGCGAGAAGCCGUUUCAGUGCGAUCAGUGUGAGAUGAGAUUCAUCCAGAAGUACCUGCUGCAGCGACACCAAAAGAUCCACUCGGGCGAGAAACCGUUUCACUGCGAUGAGUGCGGGAUGCGCUUCAUUCAGAAAUACCACAUGGAGAGACACAAGCGGACGCACAGCGGGGAGAAACCCUACCAGUGCGAGUACUGCCUGCAGUAUUUCUCUCGGACGGAUCGAGUUCUUAAGCACAAGCGCAUGUGCCACGAGAACCGAGAGCGGAGGCCGGGGAAAUGCGCCAACAAAGCGGGGCUGCUUCCCGCGGACGCCGACGGCGGCUUCCCCCCCAACGACGGGACGGCGGCCAAAAAGAAAGUCAAGGCGGACAGGAUGAAGUUUGUGGGCGAGAAGGAGAGAUCUCCGGAUAAAGAGGAGCCGAAGGAGGAGAAGAAUGACUUCCUCGCCCUGUUCCCCGACGGCACGAAGGUGAAGGACGAGUACGUGGUGGCGGAGUAUGCCGUGGAGAUGCCGCACUCCUCCGUGGGCAGCCUGACCUUGCAGGGGGCCGUGUCUGGAGACGUCACCCCCCCAAAACUUCUGCUCAAGAAAGUGAGCUGCAAAAAGAGCUCCAAGCCGGGGACGGGGAGUCCGGCGCUCUCUCCGCUCGCGACCUUCGAUGACGGCAAAGUGGCCAAGUACGCCUUCGAAUUGGUGGACAAGCAGGCGCUGCUGGACUCCGGGAGCAAUUCGGAUCUCGACCACGGAGACCCCGCGCAGGACGGGGGCAGCAAGCCGUCCAGCAGCAGCGUCGGCUACGGAGAGGCCAUGCAGUUCUCCAAGAAGAAGAGGUACCUGCAGGCGGCCACCAGCAGCAGGGAAUACGCUCUGAACGUGGGGACCAUGGCCUCGCAGCCAUCCGCCACACAGGCGGCCGUGGCCAGCGUCAUGGACGAGAGCGGCUCCGUGGCCCUGAUGGAUGCCCAAGCGCUCAGCGUGGAUAUAAAAACCAACCACGAUAAAAAUGUCAUCCCGGACGAGGUCCUGCAGACGCUUCUCGAUCACUAUUCCCACAAAGCCAACGGGCAGCACGAGAUCUCCUUCAGCGUGGGGGAGACCGAGGUGACGUCCAGCAUUUCCAUCAACUCCUCCGAGGUGGGGGAGAGCAGCCAAGCGGACGGCCUGGGGCCCGCGGCUCACGUCCCGUCUUCGGACAAGGCCAGCAUGCUGCAGGAGUAUUCAAAGUUCCUCCAGCAGGCUUUGGACCGAACGAGCCAAAACGACGUGUUUUUAAACAAUACGAGCCUUAAUUUUGUCACCGACAGCCAGGCUCUCUCCCCCCCGGCCGCGUUCCCUUCGCUGGAUAAACAGGUUUACGCCACGUUGCCCAUUAGCGGCUUCCGGACCGGCCUGGCCGCCCCGCUGAGGGUGACCCCGGACAAAUCUCACUUUGGGCUGAUCGUGACGGACACCCCGCACGCCUUCGGCUUCGGGGCGGAUGAUGGGGGCCACGCGUCCGGCUCCCCUUCCUCGGCAGCGCAGGACUUUCUGGAGCAAGUGACGGGUCAGAAGAAGGCGGAAUCGCAGCCCGUUCAUCAGGUGUACCAGCUGAAUGCCUUCGAGCAGCCGUAUCGGGCUCAGUACCACGGCGGCCGCGCCGGCAUCUCCCCUCAGUUCAGCGCGGCGAACGGACAGGUGAACCUGCGGCAGCCGGCCACUAGUGCCGACUUUCCCGAGUUCCCCUUGGUGAAUGUAAAUGAGAGCCGAACCCCGCUGGCUUCUGGCCCUGACGCAGCUACGAGCCAAACCUUCGGCUAGCACCCAAAACAGAAAACCUUUUCUUAUUUUUGCCACGGGGGGGAUUGCUAAACAUAUCACCGCGCUGCGAGCCCCUCUCCCAGGCAGACGAAGCGGCCGGCGGCCAUGAUCCUGUAGUUGGAAUCUAGUUUUUGUAGCACUUAUUGAUCUUCUUCCAGGUCCUCGGUCCUCGUGGGCCGUCCCAGUUACCCGCUGGUAGUCAUUGUAUGGCCGGCAGGUAACUCCGCGGCACCAGGACCCAAAUCCCAAUCUAAGCACCUUCUUACCCCGAGCCGGGCCAUUGGUGCCCCGGGGUCUGUCUGCACG